AUGGCGGAUGCUAUGAUUUCAGUUGUGGUGGAGAGAGUUGCAGCUAUCAUUGAAGAUCAGAUUCGCAACGAGGUCAAUUUGGUGAGAGGCGUUGAGAAGGAGCUUCUCGAUCUCUCCGACAAACUCAACACGAUCAAAAAUGUGUUGGAUGAUGCUGAAAAGAAAGGAGUGAACGACCAAAGCGUCAAAACUUGGUUGAAGAAGCUCAACGAUACCGCCUAUGAGAUGGAUGACAUCUUGGAUGAAUGGAACUACACUCUUCUCGAUCAUAAGAAUAAGAUAAUGAUGCUUCUCCUAAGCAAAAGGUAUGUUGCUCCUUCAUCCCAUCUUCAUGCUUUUGCUAAACUUGAUCAGAUUUUAGAGGAGAAACUCAAAUUUGAUUUGGUGAUAUCUCCGCCCAAAACUCUUCCUGUGCCUAACUCUUGGCGAGUUCAAUCCACAUCUUCGAUUGAAUUCGAGAAAGUUUAUGGCCGGCGUGAAGAUAGGGAUAACAUUGUGAGGAAGUUAAUCAAUAGGGAUACCCAAAUUGUGAGUAUAGUUGGGAUGGGGGGACUUGGGAAGACAACUCUUGCUCAGCUUGUUUAUCACGACACUCAAAUAAAGGAUUGUUUCGAAUUAACAAUUUGGAUAUGUGUCUCUGAUCCCUUUGAUGUGGCUGAGAUCGCCAGAGGAAUUGUUGCGAGCGUAACCAAAGAGAGCAUUCCUCCACAUACUGACCAAUUGGAAUUGGUACUAGAAAAACUUAAAGAUUGCAUUACAGGAAAGAAGUUUCUUCUCGUCCUUGAUGAUGUUUGGACAGAAGAAUACAACAAAUGGAAACUCCUGCAAAUCAAUCUCAAGCAUGGUGCACCAACUAGCAAAAUUUUGGUGACAACGAGGAAUGUAAGGGUAGCUAAGAUGAUGGGCACCGCUCCUGAUGACGUCUACCGGCCACGACAGUUAAGUGAUGAAGAGUGUUGGUCAUUAAUGUGUAGCAUAUCCCUUUCAGGAAUGAGUGAGGAGGAAUGUGGAGAGUUUGAGGAUGUUGGGAAGAAAAUAGCUAGCAAGUGCAAUGGAUUGCCUCUUGCUGUUAAUGUUUUGGGAAGUCUUUUGAUUAACAAGAGUAGUUUGAACGAAUGGGAGAAUGUAUUGGAUAGUGAAAUAUGGAAAUUGGAUAAGGCGGAAGAAGAUCUUUUCCCACAUUUGGUUUUAAGCUACAAUGAAUUGUCGCCCGCACUUAAGCAUUGUUUUUCAUAUUGUGCUGUCUAUCCUAAAGAUUCUCGAAUCAAUGUUGAGAGAGUGAUACAAGAGUGGAUGGCAUUAGGGUAUUUGGGCUCUGUUACGAAAAAUGGUGGAUCGGAACUUAAAGGGAGAGAGUACUUCAACAAUUUAGCAAUGCGGUGUUUGUUUCAAGACUUUGAGGAAAGCGGAUCGAGAGAGCAUAUAAAAUGGUGUAAAAUGCAUGAUAUAGUACAUGAUUUUGCUCAAUUUGUUUGGCAGAAUAAUGAGAGAGGUGAAAUGAGAAAGAAAAGCUGUCAAUUAGCUUGUGAUCCUUUAUUGGGUUCUCAUGUCCAAGUAUAUCGAAGUAUAUAUUGGGAUAAGAGAACUCCUCUCCUUCUUUGUGAUUGCUUGACAAGUGUUAGGGUGUUAAGAUUCGAGAGCUUACUAGUGGAUGGUCCUCCACAGGGAAUGAAAAAGUUGAUUCAUUUGAGAUGGUUGGAUUUAAGUGGUAAUGCUUUGUCAGAGAAAGACUGCAAAAUCAUUUGUAGGUUUUACUUCUUGCAAACUCUUUUGUUAGCAUACUGCUCCCUAGAAGAGAUUUUGGGAGAAAUUGGGAAUUUGGUUAAGUUGAGACGCCUUGACUUAAGUGGUAACGAUUUGAAGGAGUUACCAGAGAGCAUGUGUGGUUUGGUUGAAUUGCAAAGCUUGAACAUUACAAAAUGUUGGUAUCUCAAUGGACUUCCGGAAGGGAUCCAUAGGCUCCAAAACCUCCAACACCUUCUUAUUGAGGACACUUGUGCAACCCGUAGUUUGCCUCAAGGAGUAGGUGAGUUAAGUGGUCUCCGCACAUUGGGAUUGACUACUUUCGAAGUAGGAAGUGAUUGCAACAAGUUGGGAUUGUUGCAAAAAUUAAACCAUCUUACUGGAGAUCUAGAUUUGAAAAUCUAUUUGAAGUGUAGUAGUGACCUAGAGGAGUUGGUUGAGGAUGCUCGAGAAGCACAAUUAAGGAACAAGAUACACAUUCAAAACCUGAGUAUAACAUUCGAGGACAAGAUGAAUGAAAGAGAGUGGGCAUCAUCAACAUCAUCAUUGUGGAUGGAUGUAAUAGAAGCUCUCGAGCCCAAUAUUCAGAAGCUGCAAAAACUUGAAAUCUGGGGAUUUGGGGGCUCCAUGCAUCCGCAUUGGAUGUCAUCGCCCCUCAACCUAAUAAAAGAGAUUCAUUUGUCUAUGUUCAGUGAAGGGUGUUCAUUGCCGGCUAUGGGAAGACUACCUUUUUUGGAACUUCUCUCUUUGGUUGGAAUGGAGGAAUUGAAGGCGGUGGGACGGGAGUUUUUGGGAAUAGAGUCUUCAUCUUUUUCAUCAACGUCUAAUCAUGUUGUUGUUGCAUUUCCUAAACUCAAGGUACUACAAUUUGAAUAUUUCCGCAAAUGGGAAGAUUGGGAGGACAUAACCGCCAAAGAAGAAGAAUCUGAGGAUGUCUCCAUCAUGCCAUGUCUCACACAGUUGAAUAUCUUUUGGUGUAAGGAUUUGAAGAAACUUCCGCAUCGCCUCUUGCGUAAGACCUCCUCGUCUUUACAGAUCUUGAAUAUUAGGUCUUCAUCAGAGCUAAUAAAAAGAUAUGAGGAGGACAAGAAAGGUUCAGCUUGGAGAUCCAUUUCCCAAUAUAAUCCCAAACUUCAAUUGGUAUCCCAGUAAAACUCUACUUCCAUGGUAAUAAUGUUUCCACUUCAAUUGAGAAUUGUAACUUUGAUGUAGAAUUCCACAGCACAACUUCAGGAAUUUAUUUACUUUUUGUUUUUAGUGAGAUUGUGUGAUUAAUGGUUGUUAACUUUGUAGAAAGAAUACAUUUUUUCAGGUUUUUGGGUGGAGAGCUUGGGGCCUUCAUCCGUCAUUGUUGUUAAGCUUAGCGUUUAAUAAUCACGAUUAGUAUUCCAUU